AUGCAGGCUCCGGAAGUCCUGAGACAGCUGUGGUUUUCCGAGCUGGAGGAUGUUCGGCAUUACAUGCGCGGCUUGCCCACAAAUGCGCUCAUGGGGAUGGGGGCCUUCGCCGCCAUCACCACCUACUGGUUCGCCACCCGGCCGAAAGCCCUCAAACCACCAUGUGACCUCGGCCAGCAGUCGGUGGAAAUGCCAGGUGGCGAACGUGCAAGAAGGUCGGCGCUGAACGACAGCGACGAGCACAUGACUUACUACUACAGCGACGCACGCACGAUCUACGAGGUGUUCCAGCGAGGGCUCAGAGUGUCAAACGACGGGCCGUGUCUGGGAUCAAGGAAACCCAACCAGCCGUACGAGUGGCAGUCUUACAGUGAGGUGUCAGACCGAGCGCAGCACGUGGGCUCUGCUCUUCUUCACAGAGGACACUCUCAUACGGGAGACAAGUUUAUUGGCAUCUUUUCCCAGAACAGGCCGGAGUGGACCAUCUCCGAGCUGGCCUGUUACACAUACUCCCUGGUCGCUGUUCCUUUGUACGACACGCUUGGCACCGAAGCGAUCAGCUACGUUAUCCACAGAGCUGCCAUCUCGACCGUGAUCUGCGACGUGCCCGAAAAGGCCCAGAUGAUCUUGGACUGUGUCAGUGAGAACGGGAGGACGGUGAAGACGAUUGUGCUCAUUGAGCCGUUUGGCAGCGAGCUGGUGGCGCUCGGACGAGAGUGCGGCAUCGACAUCUUGAGCUUAAAAAGCUUUGAGGCUCUGGGUAAAGCCAAUCUGCACCAACCAGUGCCCCCUACACCAGAAGACCUUGCCCUUAUCUGCUUUACAUCCGGUACCACGGGAAACCCAAAAGGUGGAAUGCUUACUCAUGGAAAUGUGAUUGCCAACACUGCAGGUUUCAUUAAAAUGACAGAGGGCUUUCUGAAAGCCACCAAAACAGAUGUGCUCAUCUCCUUUCUCCCUCUGGCACACAUGUUUGAGAGGGUGGUGGAGGGGGUCGUCCUCAUCCACGGCGCUCGAAUCGGCUAUUUCCAAGGGGACAUUCGACUUCUGAUGGAUGAUUUGAAAACUCUGCAGCCAACCGUUUUCCCCGUGGUCCCACGUCUCCUCAACCGCAUGUUUGACAAGGUAUUUAGUCAGGCCAACACACCGCUGAAGAAAUGGCUGCUCGAUUUUGCUUUCAGAAGGAAGGAGGCGGAGCUUAAAAGUGGCGUGGUCAGAACGGACAGCCUGUGGGACAAACUCAUCUUCAAGAAAGUGCAGGCGAGCCUCGGCGGUCGUGUCAGACUCAUCAUCACCGGGGCAGCACCGGUGUCUCCGACCAUCCUGACGUUUCUUCGGGCUGCACUGGGUUGCCAGUUCUAUGAAGGCUACGGCCAGACUGAAUGCACAGCUGGGUGCUCCAUGUCGAUGCCCGGGGACUGGACAGCAGGUCACGUUGGGGCUCCUCUGCCCUGCAAUGCUAUUAAACUGUUGGAUGUGCCAGAAAUGAACUACCUGGCAGCCAAUGGAGAAGGAGAGGUGUGUGUCAAAGGACCAAAUGUUUUCCAGGGAUACCUGAAAGAUCCUGAGAAAACUGCAGAGGCAAUCGACAAGGAUGGGUGGCUGCACACCGGAGACGUUGGAAAAUGGCUUCCUAGUGGCACUCUGAAGAUCAUUGAUAGGAAGAAACACAUUUUCAAGCUGGCACAAGGAGAAUACAUCGCCCCAGAGAAGAUUGAAACCGCGUACAGUCUCAGUGAUCCAGUGGCCCAGAUAUUCGUCUACGGCGAAAGCUUACAGGCAUGUCUGGUGGGGAUCGUGGUACCUGAUCCAGACAUGUUGCCUAUUUGGAUCAAGAAAAAAGGGAUUGAGGGCUCCUUCGCUGAACUGUGCAAAAACAAGGAUGUGAAGAAUGCCAUUCUGGAGGACAUACUGAGGCUGGGCAAAGUUGCAGGGCUGAAGUCUUUUGAGCAGGUUCGAGACAUCGCUUUGCAUCCCGAGCUGUUUUCCAUCCAGAACGGCCUGUUGACACCGACCCUGAAGGCCAAGAGGACCGAGCUUCGAAACCUCUUCAGAGAUCAAAUUGAUGAACUCUAUGCCAAAAUUAAGAUGUAGACUGGGAUCGAGGAGUAAUGUCAGAAAAAGGUAACGAUCAUAGAAAGCACACAACCAGGACCCCAUAGCUGUCAGUGACAAUCCAUACUGAAAUAUGUAUUCUCACCACUUCUCCUUUAUAGCUGUACCACCUAAAGGGUAAAGGGUCGACGCAAAGGGGAAAUACGUUGCUCAUGCCAUAAACUGUCAUUAAGUCGGACUAAUUCAUGGUCGGAAAUGUGACGACAUUUUGUGCCUUUUUUUUUUUUUUUUUUUCCUAUUCUUGGGAGCCGCAGAAAAAAACUCAGACAGAAAGAAACUGCUUUUACAAGUGACUUGUAUUCACUAUUUAUCUACCAGUCUGUUUGAUGUGUCGGUCUAUUUAAGUUGGUGUUUAAUAUAAUCACCAAACUUAAACGUAAAUAGUGUAUCUGCAAAAUAAGAAAAGUCUAUUUGUUUGCAGAAUAUUGUGCCUGAUAAGUCUGUUGUAAUUCCCUGCAUUCCUGUUAAGGACUGAUGCACCUAUUUUACUGCACAAUUGAGGUACUGGCCUAUUCGGAAUCGUACUUCUUGACGACUUGACGUGCCUUUUUUUGACAUUUUCUUUAACACUCCAUGGGAAAUGAAAUGUUAAUGAACUGUACGUGCUGUUCCUCUUUUUUAGAAUUUUAUUUUCACAGUAUGCAGAAUUAAGCUGCAUACCAUUUUGAGAACACACUUGAGAGUCCAGAGGUUUCUUUUUGGUUCACUUUGUUUUUCAAAUUCCAUAUCCUUGACAACAUUUCAUAUUGAAGUUCACUAAAUUUUAAAUUUUCUUGUGUGAAACGGAGCAGCAUCUCUGUUGCUUGACUAAAUAUUUGGGUUUUGAGUUCUGAUGGUUUGACUGAGGAAUGGUGUCUACACUUUGAUCACAUUAAGGCUUUUUGAGAUUUCAAGCCAUUUAAUUGUGUUUGGUCUUUUUUUUAUGACUAUGUUGAAAAGGGUGACGGUGCAGUUUUGUGCUGAAGUUACAAGUACAGUAUUUAUUUCCCAGGUGUACCAAAUAAAUAUUUUCUUCCAAA